AUGUGUGCCCACGUGGGGUGCCAGGCGGUGGGCAGGAGGGGUCCCGGCACCCCCGGGACGCCCUGCUGGCAGGAGGUGGCCGCCCUCAGGUCGCGGGGGGAGCCCCUCACCCCUGCCGAAAGGCUCCUGCUACAGGCUUCACGCCCGGAGGCGGCGGGGUGUGGGACGGCCAGCUGGGGACCUCACAGCCCCGCCAUCGGCACGGGCUCCAGGCGGCCGGGCAGUGGGACCUCAGGGCCGGGCCGAGGACGCAGGUUGGCCGGGGAGGAGUGGGAGGUUUGCCCCUGGAGCCCCCGCCAGGCUCCCAGGGUCCUCGGCAUCGGGGCGGUGGCGCCUGAACCAAGGGGCCCAUCCAGUCUGCUGGGCACGAGCGCCUCACAUCCCGCCAAGAAGCUGGUGGCUCUUCCCGAGUGGCCUCGGCACCGUGACAGUGACGCAGCCUCACGACCUUCGGGGACUGAAAACCACGGAUCCUUAGAGAAAAACAGGAGCCGCUCCAAGGACGUCAGUCGCCCGGGAUCGCAGGACUUGGGAGGGGUCUUUGCAGAUGGGCUCGGUCACGGUCGUGUCUGCUCGUCGGCCCAGAAGGUCCAAAGUUCUGCCCAGGCCUCAGCCCGGGGCCUUCUGGCCGCGAACCCGCCUCUGCCUCCGGAACUGACUGGCCACCCCGCCAGGUGGACAGACGUGGAGCUCCAAGCGGCCCGAGGAGGGGGCCAGAUGGAUGACCGAUGCGGGCGCCGGCCGCCACGUGUCCCGGGGCGGCCCGCGGUGGGCGGAGCCUCCUGCGACCCUGGGGGCCGGGCAGCAGCCACGCCUGGCGUCUGUGGCCUCCCGGCCUCCCUGAGCCAUGAGGGCCCCGGGACCCGAAAGCAGCGUGGGGACGGGCUGCGGCUGCAGCUGCGGAGCCCAGGCGGCCGGUUCCGGGAACAGCCUUGGAAAAGAGCGCCGGGGGUGGGGUGGACCGUCGUCUCCAAGGCCCAAGGCCCGAGAGCCUUCCGGGCCCACCAGGAGCCCCCCUCCACUGGGACGGGGGCAGGAGCCGCGGGGCCGCUGGCGGGGUCUCCCCGGGAGGACGGGGGGAGCCCAAGGAGACGCCCUGAUCCUAAGAGCCCAGACGUCAGCCUGGACCCUGCGGGCCGUGGGCGGCAUUUCUUAGCUUCCAGCGCCACCUGCUGGAAUCUCCCGGAAUUACAGCCGCUCCCCGGGGCGCGGUGGCCGAGGCGUUUCCUGUUUAUCGGAGCCCAGCCAGGCGGCCGGAGCUCGGCUGAGCAGGGCCCGCUGGGCCCCAAAGUGCCCGGCGACUGCGGGAUCGCAGGGGAGCAGCCACCGCACCCCCUUCCUGAGGACACAAACUGA